AUGCCGCCGCGGAAGCGCACCCGCGGCGGUCGCCAGAGUACACAGGCUGCAAGAAGCGCAAGUCCGGCAGUGUCGCCAAGUACAAGCGGAGCAGCCUCUACCCCGCCGUCAACGACUCAACGCCAGACGCGCCGCCGGGCUGCCGCUCAGUCUACGGCCGGUGGCGGCGCAGGGCCUUCCCCGUACCGAACUCGACAUCACCGACCUUUCCGUGGACUGGAGGAGGCUGCCAAAGAGGGAGGACCCAGCGACCUGAUUCCACCAAGCGACGACGAAGAGUACGAUGCAUGGAGGGCUGUAAGGGCCGUCGAGCGAUUAGAGCAUGAGAGCGAGGCUGGACCAUCCCGAGCAGCGACGAGGCCCCCUGGGUUCCCCACGAUUCAUUACGACGACGACGAAGAGGAAGUCGUCGUGCGUGUGAAUACGUCAAUCUUAUCGCCCGAUUCUGUUCCGUCGACAGUUAGUCGCUCCAGGCAACCAUCGCGAUUACGUUCAGUCGCUUCCCCCUCUCUCCCGCCGUCGCCGUCGCCAAACCCGAUACACUCUGCUUCGAACUUACCCCCGCUGUCUCCGAGUCCUCGCCCCCGACAGUUCCAACUUCUCUUCAGCUCGCAGGAGUCAUACGGAUCUGGAGGCUGGAGUUCGUCCCCGCCAUCAUCGGGCUCGUUGACGCCAAGACCAACUCCAUCGCGCAAGGGUAAGGAGCGGGCGUAUGAAUUCGGAGAUGAAAGUGCGAGCCUGAAAGCUCAAACACCAACGACUCUACCCUUGUCACCGUCUCGAACUCUGGAGAAGGAGGACGACGAGCGUCUGCCGAUCCAGACGACUGUUGAUGGCGUUUCAGACUCUCCUCAGCUGCCCCCACGAGCUCGACCGCCAGAGAUUCAACAAGAUGUCCCAGAGUCUCCACUAUCUCCUCAACCUGCGCCCCAGUCUAUCCCCUCUCCGCGGCAGGCUCCGCCAGAUCCUUCUCCACAUCCACCAGCAUCUCCGCCGCAUCAAUCUCCUGAAGCCCGACCACGCGAAGCCGAGGAUAUCCGGAUCUCGCCAACCCCGGAAGGCCCUUCCCCCAUCUAUCGAUCUCUCUCCCUGCCCAAACCGCUCGACUCUCAAGACCCGUUAGACUUCUUCGACGAUCCGGCACCGGCGUUGCCGGAAAUUGCGUCUGAACACGAACAUGCUACGGAGGACGAGUCGCAUGCUCACCUUUCAUCUCCGCACCAGCCCAUGGAGAUAGACGUCGCUCAGAAAACAGCUGAGGGCAAGCAGGGGGAUGAUAUAUCCACGUCGGAACGGCCAGACCUUCGCUCGCAGUCACCCCCGCGACCUUCCCUCCAACCUGAGAAGGGGCAAGAUGAUGUUGCAGCUGAUCAGCCACUUCCUGACGCUUACGACGAGUCUCAGCCCGCUGGCGAGGCCAUCCCGGUGAUUGAGUCUGUGGACGCACCGCAGAGGCAGGAUGCUGUGCUCUUUCCUCCCUCUUUGGUAUCGGCCCCAAGUCAACCGCCGGCGCCUCCGAGCGCGCGAGCUCGACCAUCGUCGCCACCAGGCGCAUCGCAGCGCAGUAGUCUGCUGCGAGCAGACUUGCGCAUCCCGGCUUCCCAACGCUCUCAUCGGUCUCGGCAAAGCGAUGGUCCUGCCGACCCAGCUCUGCUCCAAUUUCGCUUCGCGCGAACGUUCCGCAACCGAACAGCUCUUCAGCUUCAGCCAUACACUCGCGAGCGACAAAUGUACGAGCGCGCCCUCAAGCGUGGCGGUCUUGCAAAGAGCAAGCGCGCAAUCGCCCCGCUCAGAGAGGUCAAGGAAGCGUCUGACAUCGAUGAAGAGGAGGAAGGCGCCAGCGACCAAAGUUCCGACGAGGACGUCACGCCUCCGGACGCGAUUGUCAUUGGAGGAACGCAGGAGAGGCAGCAGCAGCAGAAGCAGUGCAGAUCUCGCCCGCCUGUCGAGCUCGUUGACGCCGACAUUGACGAGUACCUCCUUGAGUUCGGUGAAGCCGCUGCAGAGGAUGAUGAUGCGGCUCAGCGGGAAUUGCAGAAGAUUGCUCGAAAGCGACUCCGCGCCGAGAAGGAGGCAAAAAGGGCUGCGCGACGCGCUGAAAGGGAGCGCAGAGAGUUUGAGGCUCUCCUCGGCGAACGGAGGGGUGAAGAUCUCGCCAACCGCGCGCCUCCACCUCGCCCGCGCGGCGAUACCCCGAAGGACAAAGAUGCGCGUAAGCGGCCUGCCACCCAACAUGCAACUCGCAAGCAGCGUGAGAAGACACCGCAAGCACAGAAGUCGACUCUGGCCAAGAGCAAAGGGAAGACGGGGAAGACACCUCGUACCAUGACCUACAGUCGUCGCCAUCGCGAGGCUAGAGAUCGUGCGGGCAGCGACUCUGACUCUCCGCUGUCCGAUCCACCAGAGGAGGAAGCUCUGCCUAUCGCUCCCGUUCGCGUGACACUAUCUCCCGACUCUGAUGCGGCUCCGCUUCUGAGCCAGGGCCCUCCUCAUCGCGAAGCAUCAGCACUGCCUACGCCUCUUUCGCCUGAUGUGUUCGGUGGUGACGGCAUGGAACUCGACAUGGACAUGGGUGCUGCAUUCUUCGAUGACAUCAAUACGCCUUCCCCCGGACCAGUCAACAACGACAACGACGAUGAUGAGCCUGAGUUCCGCGGCCGCAGCUCCAGGUCCACCUCGGCGGUGAAGCGGAGACGCCUUCCCUCAAGCUCCAGUGCUGACAGUGACGACGAUUGCUCCUCCCCCGCUCCAGCUCCUCGCGACAAGCGGCAGAAGAUCGCGCGGCGUAUGCUGCCCGGUGUGAUGCUGAAGCGUCUGGAGCAAGAUGCACGCGAGCGAGAACGCCGCAGGCAGGAAGGGAAGCAGAGACGAGCACGGAGUCGCACCAGGUCUCCCGUCCGACCAGGACAUGCUGUCGUGCGACGCGGAGGAGGCGGCGGACUUGACGAUAUGGCAGACCUCUUCGACUCUGACGAGGAAGAGAGUGCCCCGCAGAUUGUCGACCUUGCUGCGGAGGAAGGAUCCGACGGCUCCGACGGCUCCGACGCUGAUGGCCCCAUCGACGUCUCAUCUGACAGUAGCUCUGAUGGCUUCGAGGCCAUGGAGGACAACCGCCCGAACGACGCUCUCGCGCGCCUGCAACGAGGUGACUUCGAGUCCAUUGUCCGAGGACGACCCACGCCAGCACCUCGGAGGAAGGACCUCGCAGGAGUGUUCUUUCGUCAACGGGUCGGCUUAUACAGACGCGGCUUGACUUCCCGGUCGAGGAGCCUGGUGCCGCCCGCAAGAGCCCCUACACGACGCUCUUCCGAUCUGCAGCGCUCUGCCGGCCGUUCCGAAGGUCGAAAGAGGCCCACAGCUACAAGACCUGCCAUCCGCCUCGACGAUCAUGUCAUCUUCGCAACGGAUGAGUUUGCUUUCGAGAGCGAGUCUGAGGUUGAGAUCAUCGCUGAGAAGUCGCCGACGCCCCGGCCCGCAGACCCGAUCGGGCGGACAAACCGACCCUUCCAGCGGGUGCAGUCGAAGGGCGCGCGCCGUCCAAUCCAGACGACACUCACGCCGCCUCCGGCCCCUGCUCCGCCUCCCCCGAAAGUGACGAAGGAGCAGGUUGACGAGGGAGUAGGAAGGGCGAGGUCAUGGGCCAACUUUGACAAGUUUCCGAUCGACUUUGACAUUCAGCCUUUGCCGACCGGUGUCUUUCUUUCAUGCGACACAAUUCCCGGCAGUGGCCGCUUAAAUGCUCUCAUCGACGUGCUUAGUGGACAGGCCGAGGAGCUGAAGCCCCUCCGCACAAGCGGCGUGCACCUGCACUCGGAGAUGUCGACUGACGAAGUCACCGCCGUACUACCUAUCGUGCUCGACGGGAUCUACGACCAGGUCGUGCGCUUCGCUGACGAUGUCAACUCUGCUCCGCCUGACUUUACCCCGCUCGUGUUCUUCCGUGACUACCUCGCCCAAAAGCCAGAGGACACGCAGAUAACCAUCUUCACAUUCUUCACGACGUUUGCGGAGCGCCUGAACUCUGUUUCGGUUACUGGCCGUAAGGAGGACAGGCCGCUCAUGCACCAGCUCCUGCUCGCGCGCUAUGCGCUCCUGGAGUUGACUGUCGUCACCAACUCGCCUGGUGUCAUCUCCGCGGCGUCCACUGUAAUCAGCCUGCUCCUCACGUACGGCUUUGACCGGACCGUGAGGCCGCUCAAGCGCUUGCUGCGAGGUGACUCGGACUCGCCGGAGAUUAGGGAUCCUACUGUCGGUGUUUGGGUUGCAGUGGGUCAUGCUCUCGCUUCUUUCGACGCUCUGCAUGAGAAGGAGGACACGUACGGAACCGCGAUUGGCGACGCUCUCGAGCAGCGGUACAAAAAUGAGCUUGGCCCGCUGGCCGCGGAGCGCGUGUGGUUCCUCGUCUUCGGCCUCUGUGCCAUCUCACAGUUCAGCCACGACGGCUCGGUUGACAAGGACUAUGUGCCCAGUCCUCGAUGGUCGCUCGUGAAGCGUGCCCUAGGUCUGAUCAAGGUCACGCACUCGCUCGAGGUUGAGGAGGCGGCGCACCGCGAUCAGCUCCUCGGCCGUGAUCGCUACAUCAAGACGAUGGUCGCGAGGUGCCUCCGCCUGUCAUCAACUUGGCAGUGGUCAUUCGACCGAUCGAGCUUCUCCGUCGCGACCCGCGAUCUCGGCAUGAUCUUCAAGGAGCGGCAGCAGCGCAAUCUCCCGACGGAGCCCGCCGCCGACUUCCCAACUUUCAUCUCAGCUUUCGACUUCUCACUGACAGCAACGGAGGACACGAAGCGGGCAUCUGCGUUCGAGCUGUACCUGCGGUUAGCGGCGGUCGCGGCGAGCGACCUCAUUGGGUGCGCUGAGGAGCUGACAGAGGCGCACCAAGCGGAGCGCGACGUGCAGCGUCUGAUUAUGAGUAUCUUCCCUCUCAGCGCUGUUCCGUUUUCGCGUGAGCGACCGCCGACACCCCGACAGCUCGGCGCUCUCAUCAACCGGUACUCGACGAUGGUUGUCGCGUGCUACUUCUCACCGGCCCUGUUGCCGUGGCUGCUCGCGAACAGCGCCAAGUGGCUUUCGUUCGAGGCUGCCGACUUUGAGUCGCGUCAAGUGUGCAUCCGCGGUCUGAUGUAUCUCGCAGUAGCCUGUCGUCACCACGGCCAUGCGCUGGACGGCGUCGUCGGCAAGCUCGCCGAGAUGUUGGCGAUCCUGCAGGCCGAGCUCGAGAAGGUGAAGAAGCCUACGUACAUCCAGCAAGGAUUCUUCCCCCGCCGCAUUGAGAUCGAGCGCACCAUGGUGCUCGUCGUGACGUGCUUCCGACAAAUCAUCUUGCAUGCGUCGUACACGCCGCGCGACGAACCUGUCUACCCCGACCCGGCGCUACUGCACGAGUCAUGGACGGGGCGUGUCUUCGAGCUCGACCUUGCAAAGGACUUCAAGUCCGGGCUCGAGAUCGUGUCGACGAUUCAAGCGUUCCUCGACGCACGCGCGGCUGCACUGCCGAAGAAGGCGAAGAAGGCGCGCGAUCUAAAGCGUGCAGAGAGUGACGAUUACCCCUCGCUCGGAUUCGAGUUUGACGACAUUGACCUCGAGCUGCUCGGCGGUGCAGACCUGGGCGACGCCGGCCAACGGGAGGAGGAUCCGAUCGAGAAGAUGGACGCCGAGUUUGCGCGCAUCAUCAUGGACGUCAUCUGCCCCAAGAUCUAUCGCUUGCUGAGCGACAUGCUACCGACCGACGCCGAUGACGAGACGGAACGCGAACGGGAGCGAGAGCGUCUUGUGCUCGUCGGCAAGCUGACCAAGUGCUGGAGCGACUGCGCUGGUAUCGUCGUGGUGGAGCAUGGAAUAGCCGACUGGAGCUUGUACGUUGGCUCAUUUGGCUCGCAAUCAUGGGCCCGUCUGUCGUCAGUGUACGGCCGCAUCCAGGUUGGCCUGCAGUUCAUGAGUACGGUGGCGUCGGCCGAUCCAGCCUCGUAUCGCGCGUACCGGGAAGAGUAUGCGUUGCUGUUCUUCCAAUCGAUCACGGCGACGCGUAUCUCUACCGAGCACAAGUAUCUCGAGGCGUUGCUCUCUCUGCCGGGCGUGGGUACCGAUCCGCUGUUCCGUGGCGCGCCCUCCGUCUUCAGCGCUCCGGACCCUCCUUCCCACCCUCCUGUUCACUCGCCGUCUCCACCGCCCAUCGACGCCUCGGGCGACUUUACGAUCGGUGCGGCUGCCCCCGAGCCAGAGCCGGAGGUCGUCGGACCCAUUACACGCAGCCUGUUCCUUGCCCGUCGGCAGAGGCUCCUCUCGCUGGUGCUCGGGAAUCUGCGCUCCGUGCUCGAGGACACACACACUGAAGUCUCGACAAAGGCGUUCGUAUUCCGCUGCCUGAACGAGCUCGUGUCCGCGAGUAGGCUGUACAGGGGCAGGAUUGUUGGCGUGAUCGCGAAGGAAGAGUACGGGCUGUGGAUGCGCGAGCUGAAGGACGAGUUGGCGUGGGUCUGCGAUCGCGUACCGAGCGUGAUGACCUUGACGGAUUAG